GGUAGAGUAUUACAUUUCUCUUUGAAUGCAACUAUCUGAGUGGGAUGACUCAGCUCAGUUAAAUUUCACUGGUUCUUAACCCUUCAUUGUCCAAAAGGAGAAGUGAUUUCCAUUAUUUCCUUUUAUACUACUUGUACUAUUGCCAACGUUCUUGAUGCUUUCACCAUUGCAGCUUGUUAAUUCUUCUCAUACUUGACCUGUGGAACCAGCGUAGCCAUGUCAUCCCGGGUGUUGCUACGGCAACAGCUGAUGCGGGAACAGGCGCAAGAGCAGGAGAGGAGGGAGGCGCAGCAGCAGGCGUCUGCCGCUCAGCUCCGUCCUACAGAGUCCACUCCCGCCAUCUCAGUCACGGUGCCACCCAUGGCUGCCCGCCCUCCUCCAGCUCAAGUACCGGUGGAGGUUCUGAAGGUGCAAACUCAUCUUGAAAACCCAACUAAAUACCACAUCCAGCAGGCCCAGAGGCAGCAAGUGAAGCAGUACUUGUCCACUACGCUAGGAAAUAAAGUUGCCACACAAACUCUCGGUGUAUCCCCUGUUCCACAGUCAAAUUCUGCUCCGGAGAGGUGCCCUUCUGCAAGCAGUGCUCCCAACAGUCCAAUGGCACAUCUUAACCUGGGCUCCAACAAAGAAGAGAUGGAUGAUGUAAUCGACGACAUCAUCAGCCUUGAAUCCAGCUUCAAUGAUGACAUCAUGUCACUGAUAGAUUCUGGCCUGCAACUCCCAAACACGCUACCAGGCAACCUUCUGGAUGUCUACAACAGUCCUGGCAUGACGACCCCCACCAUCACCGUCAGCAAUUCUUGUCCAGCAGAUCUGCCUAAUAUUAAAUGGGAAUUAACUGACGCAGAGGCCAGGGUCUUCAUGAAGGAGAGGCAAAAGAAAGAUAAUCACAAUCUCAUUGAACGGCGGAGGAGAUUCAACAUAAAUGACAGAAUAAAGGAAUUAGGAGCUAUGAUACCCAAAUCCAAUGAUCCGGAGAUGCGCUGGAACAAAGGAACCAUUUUGAAGGCUUCUGUUGAUUAUAUAAGAAAACUUCAGAAAGAGCAACAGAGGGCCAAAGAGAUUGAGAUGAGGCAGAAGAAACUGGAGCAAUCCAACCAGUCCCUGCUGCUCCGCAUACAGGAAUUAGAGAUGCAAGCUCGUCAUCAUGGCCUCUCCAGCGCUAUGUCUCCAGGCCUGAGCGCAGACGCUUCCUUCCUUCAGCAACAGCUACUACAAGGAAACCAGUCCAUGCAGCCUGGCUUUGUGGAAGGCCAAUCUCAGAGCCACCUCAGCAUGGAUGGAGUCAUGACGCAGACUUCUCCAUUCCUCAUAAUACCUUCCUCCAGCUCUCCAGCUGCUGCAGCAGUAAGCGGCCCUCUCAAUCUGGAUACGUUUAGCUUUGCGGAGCUGGACGAUGCUUCGGCCUCUGAUCUCUACCCUGACGUGGGUCUUAGUGACAUUCUGAUGGAUGACGGCUGCACGAUGCCCACCGUCAGGCCUUCAGAUACACUCUUCUCCCCGGUGUCCUCUGGAGCCUCCAAGACCUGCAGCCGCAGGAGUAGUGUGGCCAUGGAGGACGACUUGUGACCGAACUGACCACUAAAAUGUAUGUUUCUGAGCUUUUCCUCGUGUGGGACGCCAUGGGAUGAUUUUAAAGAGAUUGUUCACCCAAAAAUGAAAAUUCAUGUUGUUCCAAACCUGUAUGACUUUCUUUCUUCUGUGGAACUUGAAAGAAGAUAUUUUGAGAAAUGAACUCAGUGGUUACCAAAGCUGAUUGGUUACCAACUUUCUUCAAAAUAUCUUCUUUUGUGUUCUCCAGAAAUGCCACAUUUUUGGUGGACUAUCCCUGGAAACACUCCACGUGUUGUGCUGUCUAUAUAUCAGUUAAUUAAAAAAAAUAAUAAUUUAACUAUAGUAUUACACAGUUUUGUAGGCAGUCAGAGAUCCCAAAGGUUUAUCCCAAAUUCGAAACACAUCCAAAACAAUUAGCCUUUUUGUAGCUAAAGUUUAGGACAUUUUAGCCUUUCUAUGAAUAGCUGUGUUGCUCUAAGCUUUAAUCAUGUGAUGUUUAUUAUUGUUUUAGAUAUGUGUUUUUAGACUCUGCAUUCAGAGCAUGCAAGUGCACAUAUAUAUAUGAUUUUGGAGUGUGGCGUGAGUAGUCACUUAUCGCACCAAAGGGAUGUUUCCCAGUUGUUUGAUAGCAUGAACUCAUUAUUCAUAUUAUGUUGAAAAAGUUCAAGCAAUAUUUCUGCAUAUAUCAGAAAAUGUUAUUUUUUAACACUCUUUGCUGGCUUUACUUUCAGCCAAGUACUUGCAUAUUUACUACUAACUGGUUUGAAAUUUCGACAUUUUAUUUGUUAGUUUACAACACUUCCUUUUAUGGUUAGUUAGUUUGACCUUCUUCAAUGUUACAUUGCUAAACAAAUGUGUGAUGGUGCAGGUGCUCAUACAUGAUUUUUGGUAACACUUUACAAUAAGAUAAAUUUGUAUCUUCAAUUAAUUCAGUAGCAUUACUUAAUACAUCAGGUAUCAUGA